GUCAUUAUUAAAAAAUUUCAUACAGCGAGAAAGUCAUAACCCUAGAAUGAAAAGUGCACAAACUUUUGAUUAUAAGCUAACAGUGGUUACAUUUCUAACUGUUAUAAGUAUUAUAUAUGGACAGUUAUCUACAAUAGAAGUGCCAAAUAAAUGUCACGAUGUCUGUCCUACCGGAUAUCGCGUUGUUUGUGGAUUCCACAAUGGAUACUUGCGAACGUUUGCCAGCAGUUGUGUGAUGCGAAUGUAUAACUGCAAGUACCAAAAAGGCAUGUGAAUUUAUUAGCAAUGAAGAUUUACGAAAGUUAGAGCUUUAAAAGCGACACGGAUGCAAUAUGAAAAUACCGCUAGAUGGCGCUACAAUCUACGGCGCAUGCGUUGCAAACAUUUUUUGUUGGCUGUGGCUUAAAGUCGUCAAGAUAUACUAACAUACAUAUUUACAUAUAAUCACAUACGUGCUAAUGUUUUAUGUGAAACAUCUGAGUAAAUUACAUUAGCAUAACUAAAACAUAAUUAAUUAAAUUUAAACGAUAACUUACCGACUCUAAAACAUCAAGUAUACAAAUAUUGCAAACGUUAACAUCAGUAUUUAAGUUAAGCAAGGAAGCUAAGUGGUUAAGAUAUUUGAAUGUAAGUAUA